AUGUCCACCCUUAUCCUAACAUCUAUUUUCCUCUCCGCCGUGUUAUGUGUAACGCUACUUCUUAUGCCGCAACAAAUAAACGCGGCUCGAGCGUUCUAUGUCUUUGGCGACUCACUAGUGGACAGUGGUAAUAACAAUUACUUAGUAACCACCGCUCGUGCCGAUUCGCCACCGUACGGAAUCGAUUAUCCGACCGGUCGAGCAACCGGUCGUUUCUCCAACGGCUUGAACCUUCCUGACGUCAUUAGUGAACAAAUUGGAUCUGAGCCUACAUUACCAAUACUUAGCCCUGAGCUAACCGGAGAGAAGCUAUUGAUCGGAGCUAAUUUUGCCUCUGCCGGCAUCGGAAUUCUCAAUGACACCGGCAUUCAAUUUUUGAACAUACUAAGGAUCGAUAGACAAUUCGAGCUGUUCCAAGAAUAUCAAGAGAGAGUGAGUGAGAUUAUUGGUUCAGACAAAACACAACAGCUUGUAAACGGAGCUCUUGUCCUCAUGACUCUCGGCGGUAACGAUUUCGUCAACAACUACUUCAUACCUUUCUCUGCUAGAGGCCGCCAAUCCUCUCUCGGCGAAUUUAGCCAGCUUCUCAUCUCCGAAUACAAAAAAAUCCUCAAGUUGGGAGCGAGAAGGGUGAUGGUGACGGGAACUGGACCGUUGGGUUGUGUACCGGCUGAGCUUGCCUCAUCAAGAAGCGCGAACGGAGAAUGUGCACCCGAGGCGCAACAGGCUGCAGCGAUCUUCAAUCCGCUUUUGAAUCAAAUGCUUGAAGGACUUAACCGUGAGAUUGGCUCUGAUGUUUUCGUUGGGGCUAAUGCUUUUGAUAUGAAUGCAGAUUUUAUCAACAAUCCCCAACAAUUUGGUUUCGUGACGUCUAAGGUAGCGUGUUGCGGGCAAGGAGCAUACAACGGGCAAGGCGUUUGCACACCGUUGUCAAGCCUAUGUCCUGAUCGCAACGCCUAUGCUUUUUGGGACCCAUUCCAUCCGACCGAGAAAGCAAUCCGACUGAUUGUCCAACAGAUCAUGACUGGUUCGGUUAAGUACAUGAACCCCAUGAACCUUAGCACUAUCAUGGCUUUAGACUCAAGAAUUUAA